UACGUGUAAACAACUGGGCGAUCGUGCGUACUUGCGUUAUUACGUGUAUAUCUGUUACAGCAGCCGAGUCGCGAGCUGCUCAUCGUAUAUGUAGCCUGUUAGUCGUAUAUGUGCGAUUGUCCAGUGUUCCAGCAUCAGUCGAGCAGUGUAUCAAACUCGAAAUCGAUUGUGAUUGUUACUUUGUGCAGGAUACAACUAUAGUUGAUACAAUUUGUUAUAGAUACCAUAAUUGGAAGAUUAAUCUUUAACAAGAUUCUGAGUAAGAAAAAUGAAGUCGAGCAACUUAUUCAAUUGUGCUGUUAGAAUAAAAAAAGAACCUAUCGAUAUGUCACCUAUUGAAAAUGGUUACAGUAUAAUUGGCAAGGGCCCUGAUGUUAAAAAUGUUCAAUCUAGAAUUCCUCAAGAAUACACAACGCGUAAAGAGUAUAACGAAAAUCGGGAAGCUGAAUUCGAUCAGAUUAAAAUUGAAUGUGAAUGCAAAGACGUCAAGCCCGUGACAAAUUCAUUAGUAUUUAAAAAAAUUGACGAUCAUUUCCAGAAUCAAGAUGACAAUAAGACUCAAAAAAUUGUCAAAAUAGAAACUAUGGGCAGAGUGAAAAGAGAAAUAAAUUUGAUUACGGAUUGUGAAGUCAGCCAGACAAAUAAAAAGAGAAGAAUUGUAAAAAUGUUUAACAAAAUAAAAAAACGUAAAAUUCACACCAAACAUUUAUGUGGUACUUGCGGAAAGAAAUUCGCGCAAAAAAUAAAUCUCCAAAAUCACAUAAAUGAGGUGCACAAUGGUAUCAGAUAUACAUGUGAUAUAUGCCAAAGUACAUUCUCAAGGAAAGAUACUGUUAGACAUCACGCCAAUGCCGUACAUUACGGUAUUGGACAUACAUGCAUAAUAUGCCAACAAGUAUUCCAAAGAAAUUCUUAUCUUCAAAAUCACAUCGAUUCAGUGCACUCUGGUAUUACCCAUGCAUGUGAUGUAUGUAGGAAAGAAUUCAAACAUAUGUCAAGUAUCAAACAUCACAAGAAUGUUGUUCACAAUGGUAUCAUUUAUCCAUGCAAUAUAUGCGGGAAAAAAUAUAAAACAAAAAAACAUGUCAAAAUCCAUAUCGAUAGAGUGCACCACUCACACUCAUGAUCUAUGAAUUAAAUGUAUAAUUUUAAUUUUGUCAAAAACGGCGAAUGUAUUCGGAACAUUAAAGAUUUUAAUUUUCAUGUUGAAAGAAAACACUGUAUCGCUUACAUAUAUACGUAUAAUUUUAAACGUUUUAUAUUAAUAAAUGAUGUAUGUUGACUUAGUUUUUAAGAAAAAAAACCAAAUAAAUAAAAGUAUCAACCAUGAUUGAAGUGAAGUGAAGUUUUUAACUAAUUUGCUGAACGUGUUGAGAUGAAAAAUUUUUUUCAGUGUAAUCUCGCGAUGCUUGAUGUAUCGCGUGCACACGCACACAAGUGCCCCAGCAGCAGUGAAUGAGAAAGAGAGUGAGAGUCGACAGCCUGUGAUCAAAGCUCUUAUCAAUGCGCCAGUGCAAAUUAGCACAUACGCGGAUAUUAUCGC